AUAAAAGCCAAUCUUGAGUGGCAAUAUUAAUUAAACAGAACAUGUCUCUCUUGUGGCUGUCAACUCUUGCGCUUCUGUGCCUCGGCGCACAGGGGCAACCGUUUGCAAAGAACCUGACAGAAGAUGUUUCGGCAGCGACACUCGAAGUUCGGGGACUACAAGUGCACAGGACUACUUAUGCGACAACUGUGGAUUCAUAUGCCAACGAUGUGGAUACGUACGCCACUGCUAGAGCACAAAAUAUCGUAGAUGAACUUGUGAACCUUCAACUCACCUUCCUAGAGAUCAAUAAUAUCAAUGAUCUUUUCGGGACUGGCCUGGAUGACAUUAGUAGAGCCAACCGGCGCAUCAACGACCAACUUCGACGAAUUGAGCCCACCCUCAAUGCUGCAAUAACAGCACUGGAAGGCAGCAACUGGGUCGAAUUGAACACCGUUUCGGGAAACCUGAGAAACCAAAUUGCGUCUGAAGAGACUACAUACAACGAUGCUGUUGCCAGGACCAAUAGAAACGUUGCUGAUAUUGAUGCAGCGUUGAAGUCUGCCACGGAAAAUCAAGCGAACGUUGAAAGCGUAGUUCAAAUUACCUCCAUGUGGAAAGAGCUCACUACUUUCUUGUCUGGAAAGAGUGUCGCUGACGACCAUGAGAUCUUUAUAGUGAGGUCCGAACGUACACUGACCGCUAUCCAGACAGUCUUGGAUGGAGCUCCAGCAGCUGCUCUAAUGUAUUAGCGCCCCUUUAAAAUUUGAAUAAAAUAAACAAU